AUGGAUACAGCACCUGGACACCAAUUCCAGCCCCCUACGCCUCAAGACAGUCGUUCGCCGUGCCCUGCCUUGAACGCAGCAGCAAAUCACAACUACUUACCUCGAUCGGGAAAGGGCCUGGGACUUUUUCAACUUUGCAAAGCCGUUCACGAUCUUUACGGUCUCACUUACCUAGUGGCGGCCAUACCCGCUGUUUUCGGCAUCUUGUCUUGCGGCUCCGGAGGAAGGGUCGAUCUCGAACAGCUUGCCAAGCACGGUAAACUCGAGCAUGACGCGAGCUUGUCACGUCUAGACCAUGCAGAUGGAGACAACAAGAACGUAUGUCCAUGGCUGGUCGACCAACUUAUCGCGCAGUCAACCGACGGACGUAGGCUGAGCAUGCGCGACUUUGCCAAGGCUCGAGUUUUUGAGGGAAAGUCAGGUGCCAAGAACACUGCCUCCUAG